AUGCUCUUCUGGAUGUACGUCUCGUCGUCAAACAGGUAUUUCGACAGCACCAGGUCGAAAUCGUCGAUGUUGGGGACGAUCUGGGCCACUUUGCUAAAUCUCUGGAUCAGCACGUCGUUCAGGUACGGUGCGAUCUUGGACUGCAGCUCAAAGUGCGACAGCUGGGCCCACGAGUCGAUCUCUUUCUUCAACGAGUCCACUUCUCUGACGAUGUCUGGUUUCUGUUCAAACUUGAGCUGUUGGUCGAUGUCUGAGAGAAGAGACUGCAGCAGCAGCACGAACGGCUUGUCACCGCUUGUUUCGCGACUCAACGUGAACAGCAGCGAGGUGAUGCGCGAGUUUUUGACAAGCUCGAGGUAUUUCGACACGUUAUUCGGAGACUCCAGUAGCAGUUUGUUGGCUAGAUUGGCCUUUUCGAGGUCCACCACUAAAUCAUCGUGCGUCUGUGAUUGGAACGAAGCUCCGUGUUCCUGGAUGCUCGUGUUGAGAACCGUCAAAGACGGGUAG